GUGGGAAUGUCCAUUGAUCCCAAACUUCUCGUUUCAAACUUCCCAGCUAUAAUGGGAUCAAUAGGACUUCUAGUUGGUGGAAAAACAAUAUUGGUUGCUUUAAUUGGCCGGGUUUUUGGAAUUUCAAUUGUAUCUGCAAUAAGAGUAGGUCUUCUACUGGCUCCAGGUGGAGAGUUUGCGUUUGUUGCCUUUGGAGAAGCAGUUAACCAGGGAAUAAUGUCUCCCCGGCUCUCAUCACUGUUAUUUCUUGUGGUGGGUAUUUCAAUGGCAAUAACACCAUGGCUGGCUGCUGGUGGUCAAUUAAUAGCAUCUCGUUUUGAGCUUCAUGAUGUGCAAAGUUUGUUACCUGUAGAAAGUGAGACAGAUGAUCUCCAAGAUCAUAUUAUUAUUUGUGGAUUUGGACGUGUAGGCCAGAUCAUUGCUCAGCUUUUGUCUGAACGUCUGAUUCCAUUUGUCGCACUUGAUUUUAGAAGUGACCGAGUCGCAAUUGGGCGAGCACUUGAUCUUCCUGUAUACUUUGGUGAUGCUGGUAGUCGAGAGGUACUUCAUAAAGUUGGUGCAGAGAGAGCUUGUGCUGCUGCAAUAACAUUGGAUAGUCCUGGUGCGAAUUACAGAACUGUCUGGGCACUGAACAAGUACUUUCCCAAUGUAAAGACAUUUGUACGUGCUCAUGAUGUUGAUCAUGGUCUCAACUUGGAAAAGGCUGGAGCAACGGCGGUUGUGCCAGAGACAUUGGAACCAAGUCUACAGUUGGCUGCUGCAGUACUUGCACAAGCUAAACUGCCAAUGUCAGAGAUAGCAACGACUAUCAACGAGUUUCGGUCGCGACAUCUAUCUGAGCUAACCGAGUUAUGUCAAACCUCCGGAAGCUCGCUCGGUUAUGGAUUCUCUCGAAUUGUAAAUAAACCCAAAUCACAGCCGUUGGACUUUUCAGAUGAGACGGAAGGUACACUGGCAAUUUAACCACAUUUUCUGCAUAGUCGUCAGUCACGUUCAUUCAGUGGACAGAAAAGAAAAUGAACCCCCCCCCACCCCCACCCCUGUAGAGCGCGGUAUACUCUACUUGUCUCUCCCAUGCUAUAUAUGUACAGUAAAGCAGCAGCGAAUUUUUUAUGUAUGGGGUUUGGGGCACUCUUUAAUUUUGUAGUCUCCCAAUCUUACGUACAGUGUAGUUCCAUUCCAUGAUGUCCUUUACAACUAACUACUCCCUCCGUCCGGAAAUGUUCUUCCCGUAUUGACUUGGCACGCUUAUUAAGAAAUAGUAAAAAAAAUUCAAAAUUUUCAAAAAUGCACAAACUAUAAACUUUUAAAUCUCCUUUUAUUAUUAAAAAAGUAUUAAAAAAGUAGAUUUGUGAUAAAAUAGAAGGGUAUUAUUGAUAUUUAGCCUUAAAAACCAUACUAAAAAAGGAAAUGGAAAGAU